UUAUUGUCUUCACUGAUGCCUAACUCAAGCGAGCAGUCGCAUUUUGGUGGCUCUCUGGGCCAGCAAGGAGCUGAAUGGAGUGAAGGCCAGAACGGCGGUUCUGCAAGUCGUUGUCACUACUGUGGUACGGUGGCAGGACGUAGGAAUUCUUUGGCGCUAGGUGGGGGAGACGGUGGAGUGUGGUUUCACCAUCUCUUAGAUCUUCAUCCGAAACAGGACUCGGUCCACCAGGCUUCCCUGUACAGACAGAUCGAGCAGGAACAGCAUGGACAGCAGCUGCUGAGGAAGAACUCUGUGCCCGAUCUGAGCAGUAGCCUCUACCUCAGGCAAGUCAUGGCAGGCCGGGCUUCGGCACCUCCUCAGGAUUACUACCUGGCUGACGCAACCUUAUCUGGUCAGUCGCUUGAAGAGUCUGGGUUUUACAGGGAUAACCAGCACUUACUCACCAGAUCAGCCUCGCAUUAUGGGCCCAGCACCGGGGCGGGGGGGCCUACCUGGGAUCAAGGACAGGCGUGGGCCACACCUUCCGUAUUGGCCUCAGCUUCUACCCCUACUCCCACGCGUCCUCCCCUUCCGCCUCCUCCCCCACCGCCGCCUCCUCCUCCUCCACCUCCUCCCCCUCCCCUCCAUGAGCUGAGCCGUUUGUAUAGGGAAAGUCUGGGAUCUAAGAUGAUCCCAGACGUCCAGCGUAUUGGUGGCCGCUCUUCCUCUCCUGUGGUCUACGGGGUUCAGCCCCCUCUUCCUCUUUACGCUGCCGAGCCGUCGUCUCUCUCUGCUCGUCAGGCUUAUAACAGUAUCAACAGCUUGUCCCUGGAACACCGCCAGCCAGCUGCCACCAAGUCAGUGGUGGACCCAGCUUCUCAGGGAAUGGACGGAGUUCUGCCCCGGGCUUACGGAGCUGUAGCCUCCCAAAGGCUGCCUUAUGACCCCAGCUAUGACCCCAGCUCAGGCAUGGUGGCUGCCACAGCUGGAAUGACAUCCAGCUUGCCUCUUCACCAUCCCAGUGCUGCAGACCCCAAGAAGAUGGUGGACCCUGCCUUUUUAUCUUUCCUUCGGGCUGAAGGCUUGGCUGAAAGCACAAUUACUCUCCUGCUGCAACAUGGCUUCGAUUCCACUCCCACCCUGGCGAUGAUGGAAGACCACGAUGUCCGGUCUGUGGCUCCUAACUUGGCCCAGGCCCGUGUUCUGUCCCGUGUGGUGCUUGGUUGUAAGACCGGAGGGAUGGCAGCACGUACCCGAUCCAAUAGCUUCAGCCAUCGCAACGACCUUUACAUGCAGCCCCAAGGUUUGACCAUGGACCCCAGCCUGAUCCAGCAGCCUCCCACCACCCUACAGACAGUGUCCCCAAGGAUGGGAGAAUUUCUUGGUAGAAGACCCAGCAGCGCACCCUCUCAACAUCUCCUGGAAACCACCACCUACCCAGGAGCACGGCCCAUGGCAACUGGAGCUUUCCCACUAAGCCCCGGAGGAUGUAGUAGUGCCGUUACUCAGGGAAGACCAUUCUCCAUGUACAAUGCACACACUGGUCUCGCCAUGUCUGCUCUCGGACAACAGCCUCCUCCAGCUCCAGGAACGCCUGGAGCGGCGCCCAAAACCUUCUCUGGCUCCUACUCCCCCAUGGAGCUGAUGAAGAGGGCCCCCAACCUUCCCCCAGCAUCGCCUGUAGGAGCACCGAGCCCGCUUCACAGCCCACAACUUCUGCGGAAAGGGAUCAACGCUGCACCAGAGAGUACCAUUGUUCCCGUAACUUCUUCGUCCACUUUCCAAGCACAAAACCUUAACAACACCAAGCUGGUGGGACGACGCACUGGUCCGCCUGUCAUAGUCUCAACUAUGGCCACCACACCUGACACAAGUAUUCGGCCCCAAAUCAUGAACGGGCCCAUGCACCCGCGCCCCCUGGUGGCGCUGUUGGACGGGCGCGACUGCACCGUGGAGAUGCCCAUCCUGAAAGACUUGGCGACCGUCGCCUUCUGCGACGCCCAGUCCACGCAGGAGAUCCACGAGAAGGUGCUGAACGAGGCUGUGGGAGCCAUGAUGUACCACACCAUCACCCUGACCAGAGAGGACCUGGAAAAAUUUAAAGCCCUACGCAUCAUCAUCCGCAUCGGCAGCGGCUACGACAACAUCGACAUCAAGGCUGCCGGAGAGCUGGGCAUCGCCGUGUGCAACAUCCCUUCGGCGGCUGUGGAGGAGACGGCGGACUCCACCCUGUGCCACGUCCUCAACCUCUACCGACGAAACACCUGGCUCUACCAGGCUCUCCGGGAGGGCACGCGGGUCCAGAGCGUGGAGCAGAUCCGGGAGGUGGCGUCCGGCGCCGCCCGCAUCCGCGGCGAAACGCUGGGCCUCAUCGGUUUUGGUCGUUCAGGCCAGGCGGUCGCAGUGCGCGCCAAGGUGUUCGGCUUCAACGUCAUCUUCUACGACCCUUACCUGCAGGACGGCCUGGAGCGCUCGCUGGGCGUCCAGCGCGUCUACACCCUGCAGGACCUGCUCUACCAGAGCGACUGCGUCUCCCUGCACUGCAACCUGAACGAACACAACCACCACCUCAUCAACGACUUCACCAUCAAACAGAUGCGUCAGGGUGCGUUCCUGGUCAACACCGCGCGGGGAGGCCUGGUGGACGAGAAGGCUCUGGCCCAGGCGCUGAAGGAGGGCAGGAUACGCGGAGCUGCCCUGGAUGUACACGAGACUGAGCCUUUCAGUUUUGCUCAGGGCCCUCUGAAAGAUGCUCCCAACCUGAUCUGCACGCCACACACAGCCUGGUACAGCGAGCAGGCCUCCCUGGAGAUGAGGGAGGCGGCGGCCACCGAGAUCCGAAGAGCCAUCACCGGCCGCAUCCCCGACAGCCUACGAAACUGCGUCAACAAGGAGUUCUUCGUCACCACGGCACCGUGGGCGGUCAUGGAUCAACCGGGCGUUCACCCCGAGCUCAACGGAGCCGCCUACAGAUACCCGCCGGGUGUAGUUGGAGUGGCUCCGGGUGGCAUCCCGGGGGCGUUAGAGGGCAUGGUGCCCGGUGGGGUGCCCAUCGCCCACACCCUGCCCUCUGGUACACACCCGUCCCAGGCCCCGUCGCCCAACCAGCCCUCCAAACACGGCGAGACCAGAGAGCACCUCACCGAGCAAUAGCAGCAGAGGGGACACAGACGGCAGAGCUCUGAUCCGACCCGCUGACCCCUCAGAAGAAGCAACCAAUCACAAAAGCAACCGACCAACUGGGACCAAGAGACAGUGAAACAACACAAGCGGGCUGCCUGUUAAAUCAGCCAGCAACUGGGAACAAAAGAAGUGUUCCGGGGGAAUUUGUACUUUUAACGUUUUAGUUUUUACUCUGUCUCUCUGGGUUCAGUACCGACUUUACUCUUUGAUGAUGUUUUUUUUUUUUUUUUUUUUUUUGGUUUUUGGUUUAGUUUUUCUUCUUUGGGACAUGCCUAUGAUUGUGGACACAAGAGUCCAGUGUUUUUAGUGCUCCGGGGGUUACCCGAUGAGACUCUGUCCCGUCCCCCCCCCCCUUACUCCCCUAACCCCUCAAAACCCCGUACACCUCAGAGCUCAUGGGAAAUGUAGGCCCACAUCUCAACGCACCAACGGAACGAACGAGAGAAAAACCUUUGGCAUCGUGUGCUACUGGACCUUAUUCCCCAUCCCACCUCUUCCUCCUCUUCCUCUUCCUCUUCCUCCUCCUCCGCCUCCCCCCUUAUGUAACAAGUGUGUGUUGUUUAGGCCCCUCAUUAUGCUUCCGAAGAGAAUUAUUAUUUUUUGUUUUUUCCUUUCUAUCGUCAGUGUGAAUGACUCAAAGUGGAUUAUUGACUUAUAUAUAUUUAUCAUUCAUCAAAUUAAAGGAAAAAAAGAUUGCUCAUCAGUUAUAAUAGUGGGUUUUAGCCCUUUCCUGGCGUCGACGGCUACGGCAGACCUCCACCACUAGAUGGCGCUUCUGCACAGCGUGAGGACCCUGCAUCCGGAGACCAGCGAGUUUUGGCAGCAACACUAAACUAAAAAAAACAUUCACCUGAUAACGUUCGCUGAUAGCUUCUGAAAACAGUGUUUUUGUUAGAGUUAUUGUAGAGUGACGUGUGACUGAAGAGCCUGAAGAUGAAAACAUUCUCAACGUGAUCAUUAAAAACAAAAAAAAAUCAGUUGUUUUAUUUUGUGUCUCAUUCGGGACAGAGAGCGGCGUAGAUUCCUCCCUUCUUUGAGCACAUUUUCCCCACUCGAGACAGGAAAGGGUUAAAGCAAACUUAUUUUCUUAAUGACUCAGGAAAAACACUUUUUUGCCGAUUUUAUCGUUUUUUCCCCCCAGAUAAUUAUUAUUAUUAUUAUUAUUAUUAUUAUUUUUGUCUUUGAGGAAAAAAAAGUUAAGACUAAUAAUCCGGUUAGUCUGAAUAUUUUCUCUCCUCCAUCCUCUUCUCCGUCGUGGUAUUUUUAUAUACGAGGCGCAUCCCACGUUUUUUGGUGUUUAAAAGAGUUUUGAAGAGUCCUGUUAGAUUUGUAUUGCCUAGUUAAAUGUUCCUAUAACCAUAGUCCUAUGUGAUCCAACCUCCCCGACCCCCCCUCUCUCUUCUCUCUCUCUUUUCUCUCCUUCUUAUAUUUUCUUUGUUCUAUUGAAGGCCAGGUUCUUUGGGGGCGUCCUGUACUCUGUAAGAGCAAUAGCUGAAACUCCUACUUAGUGUCCCGACAAUAGCAGAAGAGGCAGCCAGCAGUAUGUUUUUGUUUUUAGUGUGAGUAUUUGUAUUUGUUUCUUGUACAAGGUGAACAUUUAGCAUUCAGUGCAGUUCAAAUAAAAAGAUACGAUUCUGAGAA